AUGGAAGAGAAGGCGGAGCAGAACAGAUCCUCCUCUGGGAAAUCGGAGACUAAAUCAGAGUGCUAUGGCAGCAGGGUAAAGUUGCCAGAAAAUUAUUCACCCCCUUUAUACAAGGGGCCAAUAUACUUCACUCCAAAGGAUGGGGGACCCAGGAAACUUAUGGUCAAUAAUGGAGAAGGAAAGGACCCUCACAUCAGUGUUUCCCCUCUUUCAAUUUAUCUGAAUGAUUUGAGUAAAAAUGAUGAAGGAACUUUUUCAGUGUCUUUUGAUGAAGUCAGCUACUUUGAUGUGAUGACAUUGGAAAUCAUGGAUUGCGCUCUUGAAAUCCCUAAAUUGUACGGACAUCCGUGGAAGUACGACAUCCCCAAAAGAAUAGAAUAUUUGGAAUUCAUCCCCCUCAUGAGUCCAGAUGUGGUUACAAUCCUUUGGAAUCGCUCAGACCCUCAGGCCAGUGCUGAACACAGUGGGCAAGCGGGGGGCGAUGUGUUCAUUAUCAAUUUCCCUAAACAGUCAAACAGUGGCUACUACAACUUCAGGAAAAAAGACAAGACCGUGGAGCCAAGGAUACUUCUGAAAGUACAAGAAAAUGUCAAGUACAGAGAUGCCAAAGUGAAUGGUGUCUUUAUUGUCGAAUAUCCAUGGAGAGGUGGCCCCUGGACUGUGACUUUUGAGCCUUUGUAUGAAAAAAAACGUAUAGUAAUGAGAGAAGGCAUACUGGUCGGGGAGGAUGACUGGUUCUCCGGGAGAAUUUCUAAUAUAAAAAGCGGCAUCGAAAUCCGACAUGUAGAAGCCAGAGACUCCGGGGUUUUUGAGUUCAGAGACCCAGAUGGCCACCUGGCCAUGUCUAUGAAGAUACACCUUAUCCAUGCGGGUUACGCCCUCUCAAAAGAGCCCAAAACUACCAACCUUGAGCCACUGGUUAACCCUUCAGCCGAUUUUGGACCUCCACCAGCUGCUUCAUCAGGCUCCAACUCCUUUCUCUCCUCAGAUACUGAACAAAGGUUUGAGCUGAAAGGACUCAGCUCUCUCUCUGCCCCCCCCCUCAGUUCAGACACAGCUGGUAGUGAUGAGAUGUCCUCCUUCUUCCUCCUGCUCGCAUGUUUGAGCCUUCAUGUUGCUGCAGGUGAGAGGGAAAAAACCCAGACGCUGUGCGUUGGAAAGGAAUUUCGCCUUCCGGUGGACUCAACGUCCAGAAUCGUGACAUUUACGCCAGACUCUGAUGGACCAAGACAAGUCCUGCUGGAGAAAACCACCGGAGUCUAUGCCAACAAGCUGUCCUUUGGAUUCACCUAUGAGACAGUUCAUCUGAUCGUUUCAGAAUGCGUGAAACCCUACCGCAGGAACUACGGGGAGAGCUUCGAGCACAGCAUCCCUGAAAAUGGCUCUCUGCUGGAGUUCACCCCCCGGGGGGCCCCGCCGGAGGCCAUGCCCAUCGUGCUGUGGAACCGGACGAACCCGCAGACGGGCGAAUUCGGCCGUGGGCGGCUGCUACGGGGGGGGAAGGUCUGGGUGGCAGAGAGGGUCACGCAGGCAGAUCAAGGCAACUACACAGUGAGAGACGACAACGGGAAGGUGCUGUUUCGCAGCACUCUUUCUGUCCGCGGGCACUCCUUUAAUGUGACGCGCUUCACCAAGGAGUCUUUAAACCUCCCCUUAUUUCUCCCUGUCCAUCAUGCCCAUCUCAAUUUCACCCCCGGCCGAUUUCCCGACGAAUCGUCCCUCGGACCUUUUGACCCCAGACCUCCGCGUGGCCCCGUGCAGCUGAUGCAUGAGGGCCACAUCAUGGACCACGACUUGCGCUACAGAGGCAUCCUCUCUCUGAGCAGGAACGGAUCCGUCCACGAGGUCGUCAUCACAAGACUGACGUCAAGGCACGAUGGGCUGUAUGAAGUCAGGGAUGGGAAUGGCAACCUGGUGUCCUCCACCUACUUGCAUAUGAUCGAUAAAAAGGGGGGUUCUUGGCGGGCUCUCUUUAAGUCCAUCACGGUCCCCUCCGGCAUGUUUGUGUCGCUGGCAGGGUUCAUCCUGUUCAUAAAGCGCUACCCAACCUGCAGCCUGUCCCAAAUCUUCAACGGCAUCAGAACAAAUCGAACGCCGGCGGCCAACCCUCCAAGUGUUAACAUCCAGGACUACAGUCACCCUCAUCUGCCCCCUCCAGCCUACAGUCACUCUGUGCAGCCUGGAACACCAAGAAAAUGGACUCCAAGAGCCAGCCCCUCACACACCGGUUAUACUGUUAUGAGCGAGUCUCCGAGAGCUGAGAACCAAGAGCAACAAAGAAUGAGAGCUGGGAGCUCUCCUCGUCGUAAUGUCCCCACAGAGCAGGACAGAUCUAAUGAGGAAGAGGAAGACAGGAUUUCCUUUUCUGUGCCGGGAGCUUCAGACUGCCUCCACUCCUCUGAGGGCUGUGUUCAGUUUCAGUUAAAAAAAGAUGGACACGAGGGAAGGUGGAGCAAAUCACAAGAGUUCUUCACCACACUGCCACUAGACACGGACACCUCUGAAUCCUGCAGUGUUUACACAUCAAAGAAAUUGGACUUUUUAUAAAAAUUAAAAAUAAAAACCGAAAUAAGGGCAGAUGUGUAAGUCACACAUAAAUGACAGGAAGGUGAUGUUAUGAAAAAGAACAUUUUUACCAUGGCAAUGUGAGGUCAACAGUAUUCUAACUCUUUUGUUUGUGUUUUUUUUAAACACUUUUGAUUCAGGCAGCAUGCAUUGAGCAUUAACGUAAUCGUUUCACAUUGCACAGGCGGAUGGUGCUUCACAAAUCUCCCACUGCUACCUACCUCCAGACCCUCAGGACCAAUAUGAUCUGCACUGAAAUAGCUGAGUGUUCAUGUUAAAUGAUAUUGAAUUCUUCUUAGAAAUAAGUGUCAUCUCACUGAAGUUUGAAAAUGAGAUUUUGAAGUACCUUACAGCAAUAUAAUCCUGGCUGAAGUAUUUGUUGACAGUGUUACUGCAGAAACAGUAACUUCUCAUUUUAAUGACCUGUCCUGCAGUUUGUUUAUGCAGAUGUAGUGCGUUUAACCUCGAUACAAUUGUAUAAUAGUCGCAUUGUGUGUAACAUGUUUCUUCAAACAUUGUAACUGUGUAAAUAUUUUAAUUUGAUGUGAAAGAUAUCACCAACUCUCUCCUGUGUCAUAUCUCAAAUGAUACAAUUUAACAAACUAAUAAAAAUAA